AUGUCAAGAGAAAUAUCUCAAACACCUAAUAUAGAUAACUCCAAUAGUCCUUCUACUGUUACAGAAAAUGAAGAUCCUAAAAAACCACCAAAUUAUAAAAGAAUAUCUGAUGACGAUCUCUACAGACAUUCCUCUCAGUAUCGUAUAUGGUCGUUUACAAAAGAUAACUUAAGAGAAAGGAGACAACAAACAAAUCAAAGAGCUAUAGCCCUUAUUAAUGAAAAAUUAGGAAAAUUUAUUGAAGAGAAAAAAAGUACGCUAACGGAAGAUGAAUUGCAAACUUUAAGAGCGAAAGCAUCUCCGUUAUCAAUGGAAGAAGAGUUCCAAUUAAUCAAUUUUUAUUCUAAGAAAGUUCAAGUGAUUGCACAACAUUUAAAUUUACCAACUGAAGUGAUAGCGACAUCUAUUACUUUCUUUAGAAGAUUCUUCCUGGAUAAUUCUGUUAUGGAGUUUGAUCCAAAGAAUUUAGUACAUACAACAAUUUUUUUAGCUUGCAAAUCUGAAAAUUAUUUUAUCAGUGUGGAUUCUUUUGCUAAGAAGGCCAAAUCAAAUAGAGAGGCUAUUUUGAAAUACGAAUUUAAACUAGUAGAGAGUCUUAAGUUUUCUCUUUUAAAUCAUCACCCAUAUAAACCUUUACAUGGGUUUUUCUUAGAUAUCCAGACUAUCUUAUAUGGUAAAGUGGAUUUAAAAUAUAUGGGUCAAAUAUAUGAUCGUUGUAAGAAGAAGAUUACAGAUGCCCUACUAACUGAUAUUGUAUAUUUGUUUACACCACCCCAAAUUACGUUGGCGAUUAUCUUAAUGGAAGAUGAACAGCUGAUAAGUAGAUAUUUAGAGAUGAAAUUCGGGAAGGAUAUUACCAACAACACUGAAGAUGAGAAAAAAGAGGAAAAUAAGGAUGUGAAUGAAACAAAGCCAGGAAAAACUGAAGAUAAAACAAAAACACCGAAUGAUAUAGAACUUGAUAAACUAUUAGUUGUUAUAGGACAAUGUGUGGAUGUCCUCGAAAAGUCAGAAUCUGUUACUACAGAAGACGCCAAGAGAGUUGCAGCCAAGAACUAUUAUUGCCAAAAUCCAAGUAUACUGCUACAAAAAUUGAAGAGGAAAUUAGAAGCUAGUGGUGAUGAUAAUGGUAGUGAAUCACCAAGUAAGAAACCAAAAGUUGAGCAAUAA